GUUAACCAUCGAAGAAUGCCGUCGUGCACCACUCCAACUUACGGUGUUUCGACCCAACUAGAAAGCCAAAGCUCUGAAUCGCCAUCUCGUUCGUCCGUUAUGACGCCAACGUCUCUGGAUGGAGACAAUAGUCCACGGAAGAGAUUCCCCAUCAUCGACAAUGUUCCAGCGGAUCGUUGGCCGUCAACUCGGCGAGACGGAUGGAGCUCUGUUAGAGCGCCACCACCAGCUCGUCUGACGCUAUCGACGAACAACAGACACAUCAUGUCCCCGAUUUCGAGCGCUUACAGUCAAACACCUAAUUCGCUUUUGUCGCCAGCCAUGUUCAAUCCAAAGAGCAGAAGUAUCUUUUCCCCGACUCUUCCUGCAACUCCAAUGAGUUAUGGAAAAUCAUCGAUGGACAAGAGCCUGUUCUCUCCAACAGCUACAGAACCAAUCGAGGUUGAGGCAACUGUCGAGUACUUGGCUGAUCUGGUUAAAGAGAAGAAACAUCUUACGCUCUUUCCUCAUAUGUUCAGCAAUGUUGAACGUUUGUUGGAUGAUGAAAUCGGUCGUGUCCGCGUGGCUUUGUUCCAAACUGAGUUUCCGAGAGUUGAGCUUCCUGAGCCUGCUGGAGACAUGAUUUCGAUCACUGAGAAGAUUUAUGUUCCAAAGAACGAAUACCCAGACUAUAACUUCGUCGGUAGAAUUCUCGGCCCACGUGGGAUGACCGCCAAGCAGCUUGAGCAGGACACUGGAUGCAAGAUUAUGGUCCGAGGAAAGGGAUCAAUGCGGGACAAGUCAAAGGAAAGUGCUCACCGUGGAAAGGCCAAUUGGGAGCAUCUCGAAGACGAUCUGCACGUUCUUGUGCAAUGCGAAGACACUGAGAAUCGUGUUCACAUCAAAUUGCAAGCAGCACUCGAACAGGUCAAGAAGUUGCUCAUUCCGGCUCCCGAGGGAACUGACGAGCUGAAGAGAAAACAACUUAUGGAACUUGCAAUCAUCAACGGUACGUAUCGUCCAAUGAAGUCGCCAAACCCAGCUCGUGUGAUGACUGCAGUUCCUCUGCUCUCUCCAACUCCACUACGUAGUUCAGGUCCAGUUUUGAUGUCGCCAACUCCUGGAUCAGGACUCCCGUCAACGACAUUUGGAGGAUCGAUCUUGAGCCCCACUCUCACUGCAUCCAACCUUCUCGGAUCUAACGUCUUCGAUUACUCGCUUCUGAGCCCGAGCAUGUUUGAUUCAUUCAGCUCUCUUCAACUUGCAAGUGAUUUGACGUUCCCGAAGUACCCAACAACCACUUCGUUUGUCAACUCAUUCCCUGGUCUUUUCACUUCUGCAUCUUCUUUUGCCAAUCAAACAAACACCAAUGUGUCCCCGAGUGGAGCAAGUCCCUCGGCUUCUUCAGUCAACAACACCUCUUUCUAAAAAGUUCACAUUUAUAACUCACACUCCCUUUGUUUUGUUCGUUCUCACCAUUUUAGGUUACCAUAGAAUCAUGUGCCAUACAUCAUGUUGCCAUUUUUUCCCCCUCUCAUCUCCCCCAUCUUUAUCAUGUCAUCAAUUGGUAUCUACCAUCUCACUCCUUUAGGAAUAGCAUACACAUACAGUUAGUAAUAAUUAUGUAAUGAGAUACCUAAUACCAUUAAUUCCUUUCUGUAAUUUAAACUCGCCCUGCUGCUUUCACCAUAUGCUCUUUGAUUUUUAAGUAUCUUUUCCCUUUCUUCGCAGAUCUUGAAAAGAUAUUUUAACAUCAGAGAAAAACGGCAGGUGCCCCGGUAAUAACAUCUUAUCAGGAUAACCAUUUUGGAGAAUACUCAUUGAUACUUUUAUUGAUGCAGCUAUUCCCCUACCCAUUCAUACUACCUCGAAUGCCAAAGCACCCCCUUUAUUUUUCUGUGUUAUCUUAACGCUAACCCCUGUAGAAUCUUCCCGGUUUGAUGUAGUCAUCAAAAAUUUUUCAUCUUUUCUAAAUUUUUAGUAACUUGAGAUUUUAAUUUUCUUUCCCGCUAGUUAGAUAUGUUCAAAUCUCACAUCCCCAUCAAACCAGCCCCAAGUCCCCAUUCUAAACCCCUACCCCUUCCCAAUCUGUCCAUUAUAAUUUUAAGCACAAGUCCAAGAGCUAAUAUUUUUAGCAGUCUUUCACAUUGACCAUUUUCUCGGUACCCUGUUUUUGAGACCAAAAUUUUGAAUUUUGAAAUUGAAAUACAGGGCGAGAUAAAAUAAUAAAAAAUAGUUUU